CAAGUCCCGUAAACAGAGGGGCCCUCUGGUGACAACUUCUGCUUCCGGGUCACCAUUUGACAGCGGCUCUCACGACCCAGCUCAACCCCACGGUUCGCUUUGCAGUAAAAACCCCUGGGUGUUUUCUCUGUUUCCGAAGAGGAAGAAAACUGGAGAGAGAGGGCUUUCAGCUCCAGCGGAGGAAAGGGGUCACUUGGAGGUCAAGUUUAGAUUUCCUUGACCAUUCUUGACAAUGAAUGUUGUCGAUGUGCUCGGGAGCUUCACUCUUCACCAGGAACUUGGAGGCAGCAGCAGAGGACCACUGGUCAUAUUCUGAGUUAGGAGCUCCAAGAACGCAGCAAAAAUGAUUGCACGUUUUAUUUAGCAUCUUCAGAUUAUCAUGGCCCAGAAUCGGUUAACAGAACCACCUCAGUCUAAGACUUCCACUUCCGAUGCUCUGUCUUCUGCCCCCACUCUUGGAAUCCUGACUUAACUGCACCUCUGUCUUUCCCUUUUUCCUUACAACAAAGAAGUAUAAGACGCAGACCCUUGUCUCUGAGGAGUUUAGUGGCUGUUGGAGAAAUUAUGCCAAUUAUAAACUAUCUAGAAAAUUUCAGAGAAACAUAUAAACAAAGCAGUUUGGAGCAUGUGAACAUACCCUGAGCCUUGAUGAGUUCCAGUAUGUGGUAUAUUAUGCAGAGCAUUCAGAGCAAAUACUCUCUCUCAGAGCGCUUAAUCCGAACAAUCGCUGCCAUUCGUUCCUUCCCACAUGACAAUGUAGAGGACCUCAUCAGAGGGGGAGCGGAUGUGAACUGCACGCACGGCACGCUGAAGCCCUUGCACUGCGCCUGCAUGGUGUCAGACGCUGACUGUGUGGAGUUACUCCUGGAGAAAGGCGCUGAGGUGAACGCCCUGGAUGGUUACAACCGAACAGCCCUCCAUUACGCAGCUGAGAAGGACGAGGCUUGCGUGGAGGUUCUGUUGGAGUACGGUGCAAACCCCAAUGCCCUGGAUGGCAACCGAGACACCCCACUUCACUGGGCAGCCUUUAAGAACAAUGCCGAAUGUGUGCGGGCCCUCCUGGAGAGUGGGGCCUCCGUCAAUGCGCUGGAUUACAACAACGACACCCCGCUCAGCUGGGCUGCCAUGAAGGGAAAUCUUGAGAGCGUCAGCAUCCUUCUUGAUUAUGGUGCAGAGGUCAGAGUCAUCAACCUAAAAGGCCAGACGCCCAUCUCACGCCUGGUGGCUCUGCUAGUCAGGGGACUUGGAACUGAGAAAGAGGACUCUUGCUUUGAGCUCCUCCACAGAGCUGUUGGACACUUUGAAUUAAGGAAAAAUGGCACCAUGCCACGAGAGGUGGCGAGAGACCAGCAGCUAUGUGAGAAACUGACUGUUCUGUGCUCAGCCCCAGGAACUCUAAAAACACUCUCUCGCUAUGCUGUGCGCCGUAGCCUGGGACUCCAGUACCUGCCAGAUGCCGUGAAGGGCCUGCCCCUGCCGGCCUCUCUGAAGGAGUACCUGCUACUUGUAGAGUAGCCUGCAGGAGACGUUUGCACCAUCACACAGGCAACUCGGGGUGAGGGUUUUCCCUGCACUAGUGUCUCUUUGUCUUGGAAAACAGGAAAAACAGCUGUUCCUGUUGUGUGGUUUAUAUUUUGAGGCAACAUGUCACAACAGUAACUUCCACACCACCUCCUCUCCCCAAAGCAAGCAACCAACCAAACAAAAAAAGUCUUUCACUUCUGUUUUCUGUUUACUUGGCUUUUUAUAUCGCACCCUGCAAAAAUGAGGUUUCCCCCGCCCCCUCUCCUUUAGGGAAAAAGUCAACAGUGCCACUUAAUUUCUCUAGGAAGAUGAAAGAAAAGUACAAAGUACUUAAAGAAUGUGUGUUUGGUUUUUCUUUGGGGACAUAAUUAAUGCUUUGCAAGUAUCCUCUAGAAGCAUUUCAAUUGAUCUGUGAGGACAUUUAUGAAAAUUUCAGCUAACAUUGCGGCCCAAAGAUGAAGAUUCUACAGCCUCAAAUAGUGUGCAGAUUGAGAACGGGGCUGGAUGGUUCCCCUAGAGUGCCACAUCACAGGGCAUCCGGAAGGGACCAGCCCCCUUUCUCAGCAUCGAAAGAAAAAAAAACCUUUUCCAUGGUUGUGCCCAAGGAUUACAAUAAUUCAGCAAUAGUAUUUCAGAAAGAUUGUCUCGCUCCUUUGCACAUUGUAGGAGAUAGCAGACUCUAAGCAGUCCUAAGAGCUUUCUUCUAAUGCAGCCCUUUCUUCCCUUGAAAGCCAGUUUGCUCUAAUGGCCUGGCAGGCAGUUCCUGCACCAUAGAUGAAGGAGUUUGCUGUAGUAAGGGAGGAGUUGGGCUGUCUUUUCCCGUGGAUCUUCCUCAUUCCCUAGAUGAAGCUCACAGAGUUAUUUUUCUUUCAGUUUCAGAAUAUUUGCUCUUUACUGAUCUAUACAAGACAUUGGUGGAGGGGAUGGAGUUGGGGAAAGACCAUCAUGAGCUUUUUUUGAAAUGGCCCACCUACCCAAAAAAGAUCUGUUUUAGUGAAUAAUAUUUAGUCAACAAUGCUCCUUUACAUGUUCCUAAACUAGAUCAAGUUAUCAUUGAUCUUAAAUGACCUGUAUGCAAAUUUGAAAAACCUUUAAAAAAAAGCCGAUUGGGAACUACAAAUAAACAAUCUGGUGGCAUAGCCGAUUUAAAGAAGUAUAUCUGUUUUUGCCCUUUUGCUAUUGGUGUUUUUGCUUACUUAAAAAAAUAAACAAUUCUAAAAGCAACUUUGGCCAAU